GAAGUUUGGUAGCCUUGAUAUACGAGUCAGUCGGUGUUUCUCGGAAUUCUAAGAUGCUCGCCCGGAGCAUCAAAUCCGUAACGAUUGUUCGACGUGCAUUUCAGUAAUCGGAACAACAAUUUAGGUCGCCGAUACGAUACACGAAAGACAUACAUCUGAUUCUGCGCCACACCGAGCGUUCCGCUCAAUCGAUUCGCUUGAAACUUGGUUAGGACGUCGGAGUUGAGCCGCUCGGAACGCGUAAGAUAAUCGAAUUUUGUUAAAAUGGCUGUGAAGGAGAGACACAGCGAGGCCUCGUUCGACGAGAUAGAAUGGAACGUGGAGAACGAGAUCCAGCUUUUCUUCGCCAUGAACGGACACAAGCCAGUCGGUAUCAAUAAACAUUUCCACAUGGUGUGCAUAUGGGAGAAAUUCCGCGCUGCCAUCCACAAGGACGUUCCCUUGAAGAUAAUUUGGGAUCACUUGGAGUCCAUGUACGACCUUAUGGCGUUGGAUGACAUGGAAGAUUUACCUUUUCCCGGUCACGAGGUAGAUUUCUCCUUGCCGGAGACAGAAUUCGUGGGGAAGCCUCGGAAAAGGGAAGAAUUAGAAACGAAGCUUAAGGACCAGAGGGAUAAGUACAAAGAGAUUAAGAAAGAAAAGGACGUCAAAGAGAAUUUUAAGAAAGACAGCGUGUUGCGUGAUUUUAAAGGAACCAAAGAGGUGGAAAAGAAAAAGGAAGAGCUAAAGAAAUAUGUGAAGGAGGUAGAUAUGCGAAAGGAUAAGUUUAGGGAUGUAAAAGAGACAAGGAAAGAACAUAAGUCGUCGAAGGGUCGUUCGAAGGGCAAGGAGGAUUCGGAAGAGAGCGCAUCGAACGGAAAGAAGGAGCGUAAGGAUUCCGAGUCUGGUCGUGAACUCAUGAAGAGGAUCCCAAAGAGACCAACUCGACAAAGCGUGGACAGUUCCUCCAAAGCUUCCUCCAGUCCACGUGAUACACCACCGCCGAAACGAAGAAGAAUAUAACAGUCAUUUUCAAUAAGAGAGGCAUUAUUACUCUUGUCUUACUGAGAGUCCCCAUUGUAUAUGUAUUUAUCAUAUGGAAUUAUCGCAUUAUGACAUUGUAUUCUCUUGACGUGUAUGUAUAUAUAGAUAGUAAGUUGAUUUUGUAAGAUUUGUACUGUGCUGUAAAUAUAUAAUUGUAUCUUUGUUGCACAUUGUAUCUGCCAAA